GACACGCUGUCCUCCAGCCAAGUUAAUAACUUCCUCCCCCAGCCAAGAAAUAUAGCUCUGCGUCUACAGCUCCUGCUCAAACUGUCAAAACCGCCCUGCAGCUCAGGAUCAAGGAGCAUGGUCACAGGUGUGCUGGUCAUGGUGGGCUUCGCAGUGGGAAAAGCUCCCGUUCCUGAAGUCCGGACCUGCCACCUCUGCCUCUUGGAAGACCCUUCUACGGGGUGCAUUUCAGGCUCAGAGAAGUGCACCAUCAGCACCCCAUCGCCAUGUAUGGUGAUCACCAUCUAUUAUGAUACCAAGAUUCGUUUCUUCAUCCGAGGCUGUGGACAGUAUAAUUCUUAUCGCUGCCAAGAAAAACGCAAUACCUACUUCUCGGAGUACUGGUACCAGGCCCAGUGCUGCCAGUACGAUUACUGCAACUCCUGGUCCAGUCCCCAGCUCCACAGCUCCCCACCUGAUCCCCCAGCUGGGGCCUGGGCCUUGCCCCUGUCCGAGUCCCAGAUCCAGUGGUUCUACCAGGCUCUGAACCUCUCACUGCCCAUCCGCAGCUUCCAUGCUGGGAAAGAGCCCAAAGGGUUGGAUGCCCCGGCCAUCCUGCCCCUGAACCUGAACUUGUCCAUUGCUGACCUGCGUCGCAUAUAUUUGUUCCUCAAUAGUUCGGGACUUCUGGUUCUUCCCUGGGUUGGGCCCUGAUGCCUUAGCCUUCCUGGAUUUCACUGCAUUCCAUCAUCUCUCCCCUAACACCACAGGCCCCUGCGCUGCCCUCCUAAAACACCCACAUUCUCUGCUCUGAUUUCUCUGGCCUCCCUUCCACUGUACUUCCAGCAUGACUGUGGCUUUGGUGUCUUUUCUUUCCCAGAAACUGGUGGUGCUGGACCUCGUAGAAAAUGAGUUUAGAGUCUGCCUAUGCCGGCCUGGGGAAGGCACAGUGGCUUCCUCGUGCCCUUUCCUGUCAUCGGAGUCUGUCAUUCCCCUCAUCUUUCCAGUCCCCUGUCAAUCUGGUCACUGCUGCCUCCGUUCAGAUCUAGUUGUAGAUCACAUCCUGUGCCCAUCUUAAGACCCAGACUGAACUUGCAGCAAGAAGAAUGAAGGGGAGACUUGUGUGCACAUUUUCUGACUAGCACUGUGCUGUCCCUGCUUCACUCCCUCCACCCCCACCCCUGCCCUGGUCGCCUGCUUCUCUCUUCUCCCAUUGCAGUCCCUGGCCUCCCCAGCCUCACUUCGUAUCACUGAGUCCUGACACCCACUUCAGUAGAUGCCAGGGGAGGGGAGAGGAGAGGCGAGGGUCUGGCCUGCUCUGCACAUCUCCUGCUUGCUCUCCACAACCUCCACAAUAAAUGGACUGGGCUAAGUCUGUGUCACACUGUUUAUGGGGUCAGGCUCAGGUGUGGGCAAGUAUAGACCAGGGAAAGAAGGUGGAUUGGGCAUGGGGAUCAAACCAUCUAGAGCCUGGCCCAUUCCACUUGGCCUUUGUGGCUUCCUCAUGGCUUGUCCCUUAAGAGCCUUUAUCCAUCCCAUCUUCUGCUUGGCUAGAGAUCUGUUCAGCUGUGAGGAUUAUGACUUCUCUUAGCUUUUGACUUACCCCACAGGGGUGCCUGGCUGGUUCAGUCAGUAGAGCAUGUGACUCUUGAGCUUGCGGUUGUAAGUUCGAGCCCCACGUUGGGUGUAGAGAUUACUUAAAAAUAAAAUCUUGAACUAAAAAAAAAAAAAACUUGCCCUAGAAAGUUAAAACCCAGGUUACAUCAGGGUUUUCCAUCUAACAGAGGUGGAAAACUCUCCUUUGAACCAGGAAAACUCGGGAGCAAACCAAAGGGCCCCGGUCUGUAUCUCAGAGUUACCUGGUGCUGAGGGAUCUGGGUUCUUGCCUGUUGUUAGUUCUUUUUAGGAUCCUGGCACCCAGGACCCCUCAGUAGGGAGCUAGGUUGGGGCAUGGGGGAUGUUCAGAGAUAAUGGUUGGAGCUGCAGUGGUUCGAUCUUUAUUUUGAUACUUCAUUUGAAAAACUACAAGCAUACAGAAAGCAAUAAUGAAUAUGCAUAACUUUCCAUACAUGCAAUAAACACACUGCUCUGGGCUUGGUGUUAGUGAGUACAGCUAGGUGCCUGCCUUUCUGAGUCUUGUAAACCAGUGCGGGGAUUGUGAAACCUUAUUCUGAAAAGUAGUGCAACUUUGUGGUUGGGGGACCCAAUCCGAGCUCCUCUGCCACUUGGAUAAGUUGGUCUCUACCUUACUUUGGUCACCUGUCAAGGAGGAAUAGUACUUCAUGGGAUCGAAAGAGUGCAUGUGUGUGUGUGCACAGGUGAAAAUUAGAGCCUUCAAAAUAGACACACGCCUUAGGGACAGAGAUACAGAUUGUGGUGUUUGUGUAUGCAUGUACUUAUUACUACUAUUUUUUAAAAAUUUUAAAAGAUUUUAUUUGAGGGAGGAGGGGGGAGAGGGAGAAGCAGACCCCCAGCUGAGCAGGGAGCCUGGUGUGGGGCUUGAUCCCAGGA